UCCCAAUUAUUUCCAUGGCUUCUUCUUCCAGAAAACGCCCCAAAACCCAAAACCCCCAUUCCUCUUCUUCUUCUCCUUCAUCAUUUUCGCAAUACUCCAUUCCCGAACCUUCUUCCGGCUUCUUCCCAUCGUCAAUUUCCGAGUUUUCAAGGCUCAUAGCCGUCGUCACGAUCGCAGCCUCCGUCGCCUUGUUUUGCAACUAUUUAGUUACUUAUUUCAAUCAACAGCCUAAGCCCUUCUGCGAUAGCGGUGUUGAUGUCGGCGAUUUUCUCUCUGGUGUAGAUAAUUGUGAACCUUGUCCGAGCAAUGGAAUAUGUAAAGAUGGAAAUCUGGAAUGUGAACGUGGCUACAGAAAGCAGGGGAAUUUAUGCAUCGAGGACAGAGAUAUUAAUGCAGCGGCAAUGAAAAUUUCGGAGUUGGUGGAAGUUCGCUUGUGUGAAGCUUAUGCCCAAUAUUUGUGCAGCGGAAUUGGCACCAUUUGGGUGCAAAAGGAUGAUUUGUCAACCUAUAUUGUUGAACAUCGUGUGAUGGAAGAUUAUGGCUUGGAUCAAUAUGCAUAUGCUCAUGCAAAACUGAGAGCAAUGGAGACUAUUCACAAGUUGAUGGACAGAAGAGGUUAUACUAGUGGAUCUGAUGAGUUCAAGUGUCCUGAUUCUUUAGUGGAACAUUACAAACCGAUCACCUGUCGCAUCCACCAAUGGGUUCUCGACCAUGCUUUACUUUUGGUGCCAGUUUGUGCAGUGCUUGUGGGAAGCAUAUUGAUACUGUUAAAAGCCCUCCGGAGACAUUACUUGUUAACUAGAGCUGAGGAGAUCUAUAACAAGGUUUGCGACUUACUUGAAGAGAAUACGUUGAUCUCAAGGAGCAUAGAUGGUGAGGGUGAACCAUGGGUAGUUGCCUCUUGGUUACGAGAUUAUCUUCUUUCACCCAGAGAGAGGAAGGACCCCCUCCUAUGGAGAAAGGUUGAGGAGUUGGUUCAAGAUGAUUCUCGUUUGGAUCGCUAUCCAAAGAUGGUAAAGGGUGAAGCUAAGAUAGUAUGGGAAUGGCAAGUUGAAGGUUCUUUGAGCUCCUCUGGCAAGAGGAAAAAGACAGAGGAAAGCACGCAGAGGUCUAGCAGACUCAAGAAUUCAACUUCUAAUGAGCAGAGCUUCCGAUUCAAGGCUGGCGAGCCUCUGAACUGUUGAGUUUUGAUAAGAAGCAAAAACACUUGGGUGUUGUAAACAACUGAAAGUGUUCUCCUUUACACGCUAUAUUAGUGGUAAAUGCACGUCAGUUUUAGAGAAGUGCAUUCUGUAAAAUGUGGAUGAUCUUGUAUAACUCUUUUAGUUUGACUAGUACAGCAUCGACCAGUUCUGGCCCAUUCCCUGGGGUGUGCUAACCCGGUGGUCGGUUUUGAGCUUUGUCUUUUGCUUGUUUCAGAAAUGAGGUUUUACCGUUUUAGUAAUUUUGUAAUGGCUAGUGUGGACCAUUAUAGUGUACAUGGUUCAUCUAA